AGCAGGUAGUUGGCCUUGGAAACAUGGCGUCGCACUGACAGCUGGGAGAUUCUCAUUAUCUUCUGCAGCCACUGACAUAGCGGCUGGGCCGUUAGCGGAGUUGUCUGUGUUCAGGUUUUAACUGUGAAAUGAGCUUGAUACAGAUGCUGUUUUCAUCCUGAAAAGACUGUUGUUUUAACAGCGCCGCAAUAACAGAAUUAGUACGGGUGUCACGCCCACUGUAAUCGGUAACGUUAUAACGAAACCGUACGGUAGGUUAGCUCCUCUUCCAGCUAACUAAGCCAGACAGAUAGCACUCGGUCUUAACAAGACAGUAGUACCCAUGUUAUGUGAAGAGUACUUGUCGCUACUGCCUGUUCAUUGCUUGUGUGCUGGCUGUUAGCUUGCGCCUUAACCUCAGAGUCUGCCUUGUCAGACACCAUCGUCAGAUAAGACGGAGACAGUAACGGCAGUUAUGUUAUUGUAGCUCGCUAGCAGGAUAACUAGGGCGUUUCUGUCAUUCUGUCACUGAAUUUUUAAUGUUCGCUCCCUUUGGCAUCACUGUCGGAGGAGAGAGCGAUGGGCUCCGGGGCUGUGGAUUCGUCCCAGUGGCUUUCGGUGAAGGAGGAGACAAUUUUCCUCCACGACGGACUCAUUCGGGUCACAGAUCUGGCCGAGCUGCCCAGUGAAAUUGGAGUGUCGGAGCAGGGCGAUACCGAGCAAGAGAUUCUGACAUUUGAGACGAAGAACCCGGUAGAGCUUGCUGAGCGUCUGCGUGCUGUCUGUGGGAAUCAGAGCAAUGCAUAUGCACGCCUGCUGGAGUACCGUCUCAAUGCGCUACGUGGCCUGUGGGGGGCGCAGCGGCAGCUGGCCCUGGAGGAACAGCAGGAGCGAGAGGGGACUGGAGGUGCUGAUGAGGAGACCUUAGCCUUACUCAAAAGACAAGGUCUACUCCAGCAACCCGAGCAGGCACCCUUCACUUCCCGUGUCGGUCUGCUGCUGGUCUUCCCCCUUUUGCAGUCCCAGACUCGCAGUGACCCAGCACUCUGUGGUGUCACAGCAGAGGUGCUGCUAGCCUGCCUACGGGACUGCCAGCCACUUAGCCUUAGCAAAGAGCCUGCUGACUGCUUGAAUGGCCUGGAGGGGCUGGUCUGCUCCCGGCUGGGAGGCCGGACCGACGGUACCCAGGAGUCAGGCCAGCCACAGGGACAGCCUCAGACGCAGAUCCUCCACACGCACAGACAGAGGGAAAACGCUGCUGCUGCACUUGUAGCGCUUGCCUGUGCCAGGGGAUCUCUGAAGACCUUCAUCCACACAGUUCACUUGCUGCAGAAACAGACCGAUCUGGGCCAGCUCCCUGUGUCAGAUGUCCUGUACAGACUUUUACUUCUGGAAGGAGGCCCAGGCUCUCCAUCUUGCCUCCUGGGGGGCAAACACAGUGUGUCCUGGGGUUUUGAGGACAUGCUGCCCACACCUGAUAAUUCUGCUGGAGGAGCAGAGAGUAAAGACACUGACCUGGGUCGCUGUCUAGCCACAGAUGGACUCUAUCUGUAUACCACUAACUCCUCUGGGAGAGGUCUCAGCAAGCUGGGCUCUGGUUUACAUGGGACACUGAGGGGUUUUGUGUACUGUCGAAAUGAAGAGCUGGAGCCCGGCUGGGUGGUGUUCAGUAGUGGUCGCCUCCUCCACCGUCCCUCCUCCUUUGAUGCCAAGCCUCAUCAGCUGUGCCAGGUCAUUGACCCUUUCACCCUCCAGGUGUACCAGAUUGUGGCCAUGCCAGCCCAUCACUUCCCUGUGGGCAGUAACAUGACUACACUCCACCUCUGCUCAGAUGGAACCUACCUGUACUGGGUCUGGUCCCCAGCCAGUCUCAAUGAAAAGACACAGAAAGGCCACUCUGUCUUCAUGGAUGUCUUUCACCUAUCUACACAGACAGGGUUGUGCAUCACAGAUAUCUUGCAGGAGAGGGUUAUUCUUACUCGCAAGGAAGGCGAGUCUUCCAAGUGCUUGAAUGAACUUCUCUUGAGUCGAAUGUCACGCUUUCGGGCCUCACAUUCUGCCACCUUGGCUGCUCUCACAGGCUCUGCAAUCACCAAUACUGUCAAAGAAGAACAAUCUGCUGUCAACACUAGCUGUGGACUCCCUCUCAAGACUCUGAGAAAGACCCCAAUGUAUGUGUGUGGAACAUAUCUAGUGAUGCUAGUCUCACCUCCUGGUGUAUCUGGAAGCUCUGCCACACGUUCUCUGUUUGGAGGUACCAGCAGCCUGUCCUCUCUCAAAAUUUUAGCCUCCAGUCUAGUCUUUAACCUGGCUGAUGGUCAGUUCAGCAGCCGUGCAGACCUCAUCGAUGCACCAGGUAGUUCCCUUGGCAGGGGAGCCCAGGUGGCUGGGCUAGGAGCAUGUUACGAUGCACUGAACAACUUGAUCUGGACCUGCUCCAGUGAUUACAUAGAUCAGUGGUGCAACCCUGGGAACCAAGCCUUUCAUCAUGUGUGCCAUAGGCUCGGUGUCAGCCAUAUCAUCAAAGAACCCAAAGAGGACACUGUGACCACUGGUGAGGUGAUCAACCAGCUGCUUCAUCAUGUAGGUGCUAUGUGUAUCCACCAGCUCAACCUGCUGGCGGCCAGCAGCAAUAGCUUGCCCCUGGGCGCCCUGCUGGGUAAACAGCACCCCAUUGAGGCUCGUCACUUCAGCAGCAUCUGUGAUAUUAUGGAAAAGGCCAUGGUCAAUGGAGAUACCUGCAUCAUCCGCUGCAUUUUGGUGGUGUUCCAGGUGGUGUUCAAGUUUUUCAACCCUCAGUCGGCGCAAAAUAGGGAGAGUGUGCGUCGUUCAGGCCUACUCCUGUGGCAGCUGCUUAUGGCGCCAGUAGAUCAGAUAGGAACAGAGAUUCAGAGAGAGGUGUGCCUGGCCAUCAGCUCAGGCCUGAAUACUUUGUAUCAGGGGGAAGCUGAGCUCAACAAACUGCUGAAACUGGUUCUAACUGAAGGGGAAAGAAACGGUGGCCUGUCUCAACUUCGAGAUGUCAUCCUUACCAACUUGGCAGACCAGUUACAGAAGAACAGAUUUGGGAGUGAAGAAGAUGACCACUACAGACUGAGUGAUGAGCUCCUGCAGUGUAUCCUCAAGACUGUUGUCCGGGAAUCCUGCCUCCUCAUUACCAAAUGUCAGACUGUUGCUCGAGAUGAUUUCCAGAAGUUGCUGUCCACUGUACCAGUGGUUUCUCCUAGUCUGCGCUACCUCAUGGCUGUUCAGAACCACCUCCUCAGUAACACAAUUCUAAUCCGUCCCGAUGAUAACGAUGACAGCGACAGCUCCCUACAAGGGGAAACAAUGAAGGUACAGGAACUGCAAAGCAGCAUCCUGUCCCUAGCAACCAAGAUUCUGGUGGGAUGUGAUGAAGUACUGGAGACCCUGCAGCAGGUGACCACAGCUCUGAUUAACGGUGACAUCCCUGAGAGAGAAACCAGAUUAAAAGGCCUGGAACAAGUAACCAAGGCCACCAUGCUUGGGCACCUGCUGCCAGUGUUGCUCACCGCACUGAUGCACCCCAAUCUGCAGACCCUCACUCUCGCUGAUGCCCUCAUGCCUCAGUUGGUGCAGCUAGUCCUCUACACCAGCCAGACUGCACUUUUGCUAAAGACUCAGUCUCCACUUUUCACCGAAGAACCUCCCUCUAUGGGUAGCUCACUAGGGCAGGGGGUGAAGGCAUGUGCUGCUGAUGACAAAAUUCUUGAUGAACGUGAGGAGCCUGGUUUCCUGACUGGACUGAAAAUCCCUGCCCCAUGGGCUGCUGGAAAGACAGUAGAGACGGUGCACCCUGUGAGGGACAAUUACAAGUUCAAGGAGACAGUACACAUCCCAGGAGCCCGCUGCCUUUACCUUCGCUUUGAUUCUCGCUGCUCCUCACAGUAUGAUUAUGACAAGUUGGUUAUCUAUGCUGGUCCUAACACCAACAGUCGUAAAGUAACGGAGUAUGGAGGGAAUACUCUGGGAUAUGGCAGUCGCAGUGUGCUGGGGACAGGGUGGCCCAAAGACCUUGUCAAGGUUGAAGGAGACACUGUGACAUUUUCCUUUGAAAUGAGGAGUGGACGUGAACACAACACCCCAGAUAAAGCCAUGUGGGGGUUCUCCUGCACCGUCAGAGCUCAGGAGUCAUCCGAGGAUGUCUCUGGAGGUCUCCCAUUCCUGGCAGACCUUGCACUGGGUCUGUCAGUACUGGCCUGCUCCAUGCUCCGCAUUCUCUAUAACGGGCCAGAGGUGACAAGAGAGGAGGAAGCCUGCCAUGAUUUGCUCUGCUCCAAGCUGCUGCAAAGGUGUCAGUGGCAGGUGGAAGCCAAUGGUGCCAUUUCUCCUGCACUCACACCCAGCCCUUCACCUCUGCCGCUCACUAUUGAGGAAGACCGUGAGUUCACCUACCCAUCUGAUGUGCUCAUCCCUCCUCCAGGCCUUAUGCCAGGGACCUACUUUGACUUGCCUCGUAUACGCCUCCCUCCUGGCAUCAUGGGUAGGCUACGAGAGGUGUCUGGAAGGGCUCGACCACAGUUCCGUCCUAGCAUCAAGGAGGUGAUCAGGCCAGAUGUUAUGGAAGAGGGUAUAGUAUCUUGUGUCAUAAAACAUCUAAGCCUGGUGGAUGCCCUCCAGUCACUCGUGAACUACCAGUACCGUGAGGAUCACGGAGAGGAGUAUGACCUGCUGUGUAAGAUCAUGGCUGAGACUUUCAAGAAGAUCAAUGCAAUGGAGCGUCAGCUGCAGAGUGUAGCAGAAUUGGAACAGAAGUGGCAGAAUGAGGUAGAAGAGGCCCAGCAGGGAAAGUUGGAGGACAACGCUCCUUUCUUUCAUGACUACCACUUCUUUGAGAACAAAAUUAAGGAGCUGGAACUACUUUGUUCCUUGAAGGAAGUCCCAUUUGAUUUUAGUGACUUGGAAAAUGUUGUCCUUGCAUUGAGGGAGAAGUUCUUUCAAGAGGUAAACACCACACACACCAGAAGUAGCACCCCCCUCGCCAAAACUAAGGCGCUGGUGAAAAGUCUGAUGAACCGCACUGAGCUGCUGCUCCAUGUUACCAUUGCCCCACAUUGCAGAAGCCUCACCACCACACCUGCUGGCACACCAGGGCCAGCCUCUAAGUCGGUGUCAGAUGCCAAGACGGUGAUCCCCAUGGUGAAGCAGCCAGUCUUUCUGCGCAGCAUGUCUGCGCCCUCUGACUUGGAGAUGAUAGCUAACCAAGACUUGGAGUUUAUACACGCCCCCCAAAGGAGGCGACAUCACCCUACUAGUCAUCGCAGCAGCUCAUUUACCCUGCUGCAGUCUCUGACCAUAGAAGACAGUCAUGACAAACCAACAUACAGUGUGCUGCUGGGACAGCUGUUUGCCUUUAUUGGGACUACACCUGAUCAGGCUGUUUCAAGCAGCAGUUUUCUGUCUGCUGCACAGACACGUUGGAGACGUGGCAGCACACGGAAGCAGGCACUUGUUCAUAUGAGGGAGUUACUCACUGCUGCUGUUAGAGUGGGUGGCGUCACCCACCUGGUGGGGCCUGUCACUAUGGUACUGCAAGGUGGCCCAAGGAUUGAGGAGCUUACCUGUGGUGGAAUGGUAGAGCAGGUACAGGAGGCCUUUGGGGAGACCAUGACAUCUGUAGUGUCACUAUGUGCUCGCUACCCCAUUGCUUGUGCCAACAGCAUUGGCUUGCUUUGCACAAUCCCCUACACCAGGAGUGAGGAGCAGUGCCUAGUUCGGAGUGGUCUGGUCCAGCUUAUGGACAGCCUGUGUAGUUUAAGUGGUCAAAGGGAAUGUAGCUCAAAUGAGAAGCAGACCAAAAAGCAGAAAGUGGCCACCAUGGCUUGGGCUGCUUUCCAGGUGUUGGCCAACCGAUGCAUUGAGUGGGAGAAGGUGGAAGGUGGGUCUACAGAUGCAGUGCACUCUGGUCUGGCACGGCAGGUGUCCAGCUUGCUGACUAAUCACCUGGCCAGAGCCACUGAGUGCUGUGGGAAUCAGGCAGCAGGCAAUGAUGCUUUACAGGAUGUGCUCAGUCUGCUCAAUGACCUUUCCAGGAGUCACAUAGGGAAAGCUAUCCUCAGCCAGCCAGCCUGUGUUUCUAAGCUCUUGUCUCUGCUGCUUGAUCAGAGACCUUCUCCAAAGCUGGUACUUAUCAUCCUCCAGCUGUGCCGAGCUGCCCUGCCUCUCAUGAGUGUGGAGGACUGUGGUAACGUGGCCUUGCCCUCGUGGAGCUACUCUAUUAACACACUAGAUGCUGAGCAACAAGAUGCAAGUGAUCCUGCCUCACGUAUCGCUGCCUUGCUACUGGCUAAGCUGGCAGACUAUGUAGUACCAGGCUGCCAGACCCUGCUCUCUCCCAGCUCCUCUGAACCUGACACUAGUCUGUCCCGAGCCAGUUCCAAAGGAGCUCUGAAGUCUGACGAUGUUGGGGAGGAGGGAGAGGCUGUUGAUGGCAAGCUGUCAAUUUUUAUACACAAAAGAGAGGACCAGUCUUCUCAUGAGGUUCUACAACCACUCCUCAGUAGCUCAGAGGGACGCCCCUUUCGGCUUGGCACUGGGGCGAACAUGGAAAAGGUGGUAAAAAUGGACAGAGACAUGACCAAGAAUGGUUGCUGUGAGGUGAUCACAGAGGAAGCAUCUGCUGCCCUGAGGAAGGCCAACAAGUGGGCCCAGUCUGGUCUGAUAGUGAGUGUCGGUCCACCUAUAGAGACUCUGGCCCAGGAGACAGCUGGAGGCAUCACCACUGGUGACAAGAAGAAAACUGCUCAGACUGCUGUGUGCCGGGACAGGAAUGCUGAGCUGGCCAGGUCGGACCCUGUCAGGCCAUUCAUCAGUGGCCAUGUUGCCAAUAGUAUGGCUGCUGAGGUUAUUGCUCUGCUGCAUAGUCUGCUCACUGCUCCUGAGUCCAACACUGCUCAGAUCUGGACAAGCACUGCUGAAAAAGUGCUCUCCCGGGCGCUAAUGUUUAUCCCUCAGUUGGGGAAGUAUGCGGAGAGUAUUCUGGAGAAUGGCAGCAGCAGUGGCAGGAAGCUGGCUAAACUACAAGCCAUUGGCAGACAGGCUGUUGCUGCACUCUGUGCCCUUGGAGGAUUCAAAGAAACUAUCAAAAUUGGCUCUGAGGUCCAGGUGGUAGGUAAAGGUGUGCUGGGCAGUGUGGGCAUAGUUAUGUCCAUAAAUGAGCAGGAGGGCAUUGCUACUGUCAAGUUUCCUUCCUGUGAGUACAGGAGAGCUUGCAAAGCUUCAGACAUCCUGACAGUACCUGUAUCACGCCUCUGCACUCCCAGAUCUGAGGCUCUCCCGCUUUAUAAGCUUUCAAUCACAGAAAAGGUGGUACAAGCAGUGCAGUCCAUGCUUCUGCCACAGGAAGGCAGUCUCUCCAUUCACACUUCUCUACCAGCUACAGGAGAUGGCUCCAGCCCAGUAAUGGCUGCAGUGCGCUUGCUAGCUGAAAUCAGAACCAGGGCAUGCCUGGUGAUGGCGCAGCUCCUAGAGGAUAGCUCUUUCUGUGAAGAGUUCAUUCAGCAGUGUCCUGCAGCUGUUGAGGUUCUCAACCUGGUUGCCCAAGAAUGCAGCCCCGGAGAGCGUCUUGGCAUGGUUGAGGCUCAGUGUGAAAGAGUGAGAAUGCUUUAUCGGGACUGUGCUCGGCCUCCUCCUCCACCACUGCAGACAGACAGACGCCAGCCCAAGGAGAUUACUUGGUGUCCAUCCAGAGUGUUCCCUCCAGUCCGUGCCUGCAUGUUCUCAUCCCGUCUGACCUCUGUCACCUUCUUGGCUGAUCCAAGUGCUGGAGGGGGACUGCCCAGAGGCACUUUCAUCUAUGCUACAUCUCCUGUACCAGUUCAGGCCCCAUCCUUUUACUGGGAGAUAGAAAUUGUCUCCUAUGGAGACUCUGAGGAGGACAGUGGCCCAAUUGUGUCCUUUGGUUUUGCUACUGAGGCAGAAAAGAGAGACGGAGCAUGGACUAACCCUGUUGGCACAUGUUUGUUUCAUAAUAAUGGUAGGGCCGUGCAUUAUAAUGGCUCCAGUCUUCUGCAGUGGAAGAGUGUCAGGCUGGAUGUGGCUCUACUUCCUGGUGAUGUGGCUGGAAUAGGCUGGGAGCGUUCUGAGGGCACACCUUCACCUCCUGGUCAUGCCCCUAAAGGCCGGGUCUACUUUACCUACUGUGGCCAGCGGCUGAGCCCCAUUCUUGAGGAUGUAGCUGGUGGAAUGUGGCCAUUGGUACACAUUCAAAAGAAGAACUCAAAGAUCCGUGCCAACUUUGGAAACCGGCCAUUUGCAUACGCAGAAGGCCAAGCACACAGAAAUGCAGCUGACUUGUGUGUAGACCUUGCAGAGGAAAUAAGUGCAAAUUUUGAAGCACUGCCUUUUGCUAUGGCCUCAGACAGUGAUAAUGAUGCAGGUGCUAGUGUUACUUCAGACUCUGGCUCCCAUGGACCCCCUUGUCGGAUUGCAGCUGUUGCAGUCGCACAGCAACAGUACAACAGUGACCUGUCGUGCCAUUAUAAGGUUGAGCUGAGCUAUGAGAACCUGGUCACCUCUGGGCCUGACCCACAUCCUCCACCUAUUGCAGAUGAUGAGAGUGAUGAUGAGGAUGAUGACGAUGUCCCAAGGGAGGACCACUAUGCCCUGCUGGUCAAGGCCUGGGAGACCAAAGUGUUCCCUACCAUUCGUAGGCGGUUCCGUAACGAGGCAGAGAGGAAAUCUGGCCUGGACCAAAUCAAAGGAGCUCUCCAGCUGGGAAUGGUUGACAUUGCUAGACAGACAGUGGAGUUCCUGUAUGAAGAGAAUGACCUCUACCUCCCUACCAUUGAGGAUAUCAAAGAUGAGGCCAACAAGUUCACUAUUGACAAAGUUCGCAAAGGCUUGACUGUCGUCAUCCGCUGUCCUGACAGCAACAAUACUAACAGCACAACGGGGGGAACAGCACUGCCAAAGUUUGCUAUCCGGGGCAUGUUGAAGACUUUUGGUUUGCAUGGGGUAGUCCUGGAUGUGGACUCUGUGAAUGAACUGGUACAGGUGGAGACCUACCUGCGCAGUGAGGGGGUGCUGGUGAGGUACUGGUACCCUAUUGAGAUGCUGGAGCGCCCGCCUGCUGGAUCUCGACGCACUGCAGCUAAUGGCUUAGUCUCACUAGAUAGUAGCAACAUUCAGAUUCAUAGGGAGCUGCUUCGCUGUGAGAGCGCACUGGCUCGGCUAUACUGCCGUAUGGCCCUGCUCAACAUCUUUGCCCCCAAGAAUCCCCAUACCUUCACUCGUCUCUUUCACAUACCUGCUAUCCGUGACAUCACCUUGGAACACCUGCAGCUUCUGUCUAAUCAACUGCUGGCUCCACCGCUCCCUGAUGGAACUAUUAGUUCUAAUUCUAUUCUACUGGCCCAGUCAGUGCUUCAUAAUCUCCAGGGCCAAAGCUGCUCACCCACAGACCUGUUCUAUCAGGGCAAUGCUCAGCCCAUCCGAGAGUGGCUGACAGUGGCCAUCACCCGUGCUUUGCAUCAAGGAGAGGAAAGCUUACUGGAGCUGACAAAGCAGAUCUGCUGCUUCCUACAGAAUGCACCAGAGCAGUUUACAUCUGAGGAGUUUCCUGUGACAGAAUCAAAGGUUAGCAUGGAUGUCAGCUUUCCAGGCGCUGCAUUUGUAAUCGCAUCAUGCAAGGAGAGCCAGCUGGGCUGCCGCAAAGACUCAAGCUUGUACAAGGCUCCCUGGGCUCGAGUCAUGGUGUAUGGCCUGGGCCACAAAGUGCGUAGAAAUGGCCAGCUAAAUCUAAUGGAGGCCGUGUGCUAUCCGCUGAAUGCCUCACCUACCAACACAGGUCUUACUCCCCCUCCCACCACCAACCAGUACCCCUCUGUUAUCAUACCUACUGAUAAGGUGCACAUCAAACUUGGUGUGUCGCCCCCUCCUGGUGCUAUUCUGGUACUACACUCUUUGCCACUGGAGUUUCCUCUGGCCAUGGCUUUUGCUGAACAGCUGUUGACGUGGAAGCUGGGAGAGGACAGUGAAAGAUCAGAGGAUGAGCUGGACACAGUGCCCUCGUCUGUGCUGCUGCAGGUGGUAGAACUGCUAGGUGGUUUGCUUUGGACCACUGAUCUGGCUCCUUCCAUAAAAGAACUCAUCUUUCACUUGCUAGCUGAACUUUUGCGAAAGAUCCACCACUUGGAGCAACGGAAAAGCCCUGCUGGCCUUUCUAGCUCCAUUGCUCUGGUGCUUAACCCCUGCCUCGCAGUGCUCAUGGCCCUGCAGACAGAACUCCGAAAACUGUACGACCGUGAGACUCAAGGAUGGACAGCUGGAGGGGCUGGAGCAGGAGGGUCGUCUUCUGGUGGUAUUGCGUUGGCUCUCGGGGCAGAACAGAGCCGGUUCUCCACCUACUUCCAUGCUCUUAUGGAGGUGUGUCUGGCUGUGGCAGAGGUGACACUUCCCCUCAAUGUCAGUGGUUCUUCAGUGGGAGCGCUGUCUUCCACUAGUGCCCCUAACCUUAGUGACUCCUCUUCAUCCUCAUCAUCAUCCCCGGGCCAGACGCCACAGAGCCCCAGUCUGCUAUCCAAGCGUAAGAAGGUGAAGAUGAAGCGAGAAGCAGAGAGUGACAGUGCCCGGCUGAACAUGGCGGGCAGUAAACCUGAGGACAUGCUGUGGUUCCACCGCUGUCUCACACUUCUGAUGAUCCUGCGACAUCUUGCCACUAAAGACCCGCAAGGCUUAAGUGUAACCAGCGAUGCAGUGACAGAUGCCUGCCAGGCCCUGGUGGGACCCACUGCCCACAGCCGCCUACUGGUGCUCUCAGGUAUCCCCACUCAUCUGGAGGAGGCUGUGGUUCGAAAUGCUAUCCGCAGGGCUUGCAACGCACAUGGAGGGCUCUUCAAAGAUGAAGUUUUUAUUCCACUGCAGGAAGAGUACCCCAAAAAGCCAAAAGCUGGAGCUGGGGUUUCCAGCCCACAGGAUGGCAAAGCAGGCCCUGAACCUGAGCGCCCCUUUCCCACCACUGGAGGUCCUGAGAGUCCUGACAGCUCUAGCAGCGUGACCCCAGCUAUGAGUGUGAGUGCUUCAGCUUCUACCAGCCAGACCUCCAUCUGCAGCUCCUCUCAGGGAGUCUCCCGCACUGCCAGUGAACUGUCUGUUGAUCAGGAGCUGUUAGCCGUUCCAUCUCUCACCCCUGCAGCUGCAGCUUCAGCUGUUACUUACCCACAGCAGGGCCCCCAAGACCACCAGACUGUUUCUAGUCAAGAAAGUCUUGAUACCUCCCUAUGUAGUACAGGAAGCUUGGGGAGUCUCGGUAGUUUGGACAGUGCAGAAACACCGUCUGUGUCAGAUGGGGGCUCUAUGCACACAGUCACUUCACUGGAGAGCAAUGCAGUCAUGUCCAGACCCAUCAAGGGCUAUGCUGUCAUAGAGGUUCGUUCUCGGGCCAAAGUGGAAAAAAUCCGUGCUAGCCUUUUUAACAGCAGUGACCUGAUCGGAUUGUCCAGUCUGGAAGGUGACGAGGAGCUAAUGGAAUUGACUAAUGAGGAGAUCCUCACAGCCUCCAGUGUUAACCAAAGCCUGUUUGACACACAGGGAAGCUCGGCUCUUGAAGACUACUUCCUGGACAAAUCGGUCAGAGGUGACAAGCUCAUACCUGGAGCACGAGAUGUCCUCACAGAUAUUUUUAAGAGCUGUGUGCACUCUGAACAGAUGCUCAGUCUCACACCGGCCAAACCACUUAAAGUGUCUGACAUUUACCUCAGCAAAGAGCAGAUCAAUUCUCAGACCCCCGGCAACCUACUGCAUACUUUCUUUACCAGUGUUCGACCUCCCAAGAAACUACUUGAAGACCAGCUUACCCAGAUUCUAAGAAAGUAUGGCACUCCCAAGCCCAAUAAGAACAAGUACAGCAAGGCAGGAAAAGAGCAGCAUCAAGGCAAGGUUGUGAGCACCAAGAGGCCCAUCACCAAACCUCCCACCAAGGAAAAGUCUGUGCUCAACAGUGUCCGGACGGCACUGAAUGAGAAGAAGGCAGUCCUGAAGCCAAAAUCACCAGAGAAAUCCAGGCCUGAAGAAAAAGAUGUGGAAAAAUCUCCUGCUAAGAAGACUGAAGUCCCAGAGGAGAAGUACCUGACGCUGGAAGGCUUCCAUAAAUUUGCCGUUGACCGUGCCAAGCAGGAUAUUCGCAGUGUCUGGAGGGCAAUUUUGGCUUGUGGUUAUGACCUCCACUUUGAAAGGUGUACCUGUAUAGACACUCGGCAUGCCCAGAAGGCCUGCAGGAAGUGGAGCUUGGAAAUGGAUGUGGCAUUGGUCCAGUACAUCAACAGGCUGUGUCGGCACCUGGCUAUCACACCAGCUAGACUACACCCCCAUGAAGUCUACCUGGACUCCAGUGAUACUGCUGAUCCUCGUGUUGCCUGCCUGCUCAAUGUGCCUGUGGAGAGCCUGCGCUUGCGCUUUGCUCUGCUGCAGUCCCUCAACAAUACCCUGGAGAGUUUCUUCCUGCCACUGGUGGAGCUUAGACAGACACAUACAUAUCAGAACAGCAUUGCUGCUCUGUUAAGUGAAGCCAAAGGUCUAAUCUUCUAUGACACUAAGGUCACAGUAAUGAACAGAGUACUGAAUGCCACAGUACAGCGGACAGCUGACCACGCUGCUCCAGAGAUUACACUGGACCCACUAGAGAUUGUGGGAGGAGAGAUCAGAUCAUCAGAGAACACAUAUUUCUGCCAAGCAGCACGUCAGCUAUCUUGUGUGCCGUCGUCCCAGCUUUGUGUAAAAUUGGCCAGUGGAGGAGACCCAACCUAUGCCUUUAACAUCCGCUUCACUGGAGAGGAAGUUCAUGGCACAAGUGGCUCUUUCAGACACUUCCUCUGGCAGGUGUGUAAAGAGCUGCAGAGUUCGGCUCUGUCUCUGCUGCUCCCCUGCCCCAGUGCUGCAGCCAACCGUAACAAGGGGAAGUACAUCCUAACACCGUGUCCUAUCAGCUAUGCAGAGGAACAGUUGUUGCACUUCUUUGGUCAACUACUGGGCAUAGCCAUCCGUGCAGAUGUGCCACUUCCUUUGGACCUACUAGGCUCCUUUUGGAAGGGUCUGGUGGGUGAGUCCCUUGAUCCAGAGCAGGACCUGCAGGAAGCUGAUGUGCUCACCUACAACUAUGUCAAAAAGUUUGAGAAUGUGAAUGACGAGACAGAGCUGGAGACCCUGUGUGCUGAGAUCUCCUCCCAGCACCAUUCGGGUGAAAGCCCAGAUUCCCCCAGCCGACCUUACUGCACCUUUACCUAUGUCACUAUGACUGGUGAGGAGGUGGAGCUUUGUCAGGGAGGCCAUAGCCUCACUGUCAGCUGGGAAAAUAAGGAUGUUUAUGCACGGGCGGUGCGGAGCCUUCGCCUGAGGGAGCUGCAGAACGUGGAGUGCAUGACAGCAGUGCGUGCAGGGCUGGGCUCCAUCAUUCCCCUGCAGUUGCUCACCAUGCUCAGCCCCCUAGAGAUGGAACUGCGCACCUGCGGCUUGCCUUACAUCAACCUGGAGUUCCUCAAGGCUCAUACCAUGUAUCAGGUGGGUCUGAUGGAGACCGACCAGCACAUCGAGUUCUUCUGGGCUGCCCUGGAGAUGUUCACUCAGGAGGAGCUCUGCAAGUUCAUCAAGUUUGCUUGCAACCAGGAGCGCAUCCCAUUUACCUGCCCCUGCAAAGACGGAGGGCCCGACACUGCCCACGUUCCCCCAUACCCCAUGAAGAUCGCCCCUCCCGAUGGAGCUGCAGGACAGCCAGACUCGCGCUACAUUCGCGUUGAGACAUGUAUGUUCAUGGUGAAACUGCCCCAGUACUCCUCUUUGGACGUGAUGCUGGAGAAACUGCGAUACGCCAUCCACUACCGCGAGGACCCUCUCAGCGGCUGAGAAGGCUUGACAACCCAAGGUUCCCAAGUGUGCGCGCCCCGCCUCCUGUCUUACUUUUGACCCCUGCCUCCCUUCACCCAACACACCUGGACCUUCCUCUGAGAUGGACAACAGUCCUUGAUGCUCUGCUGCUGCAACAAAACUACAAAUUGAAUUAAAUUUUAUUUUGGGUGGUUAUUAAUACUUUGCAUGUUUAUCCCUGCUUUUUUUAAAGUUAGUUUACACAAAUACUGCAUUUCAUUAAUACAUUAGACGCAUUGUUUUUUGAGGAGUUCAUGGAACAUAAUUAAGAGUUAGCACUGACGCUAAUAACAAGUGUCUGCUGUGGCUGCACUGAAUUCAAGGAUGGCAUUCAAGUAAAUACAACUUCUUUGUUUGCCUUUUCCCUUCCCCUGACUUUAUCAGAGUGUUUAACAAGGUUCACUCCAGUCCUGUGAAUAGAUCAACUUAACGGGAUGACUUCAGAUCAGCACUUCACAGGUGCACCUUACAGUCAUGAUCAGUGAACUCUCUGUUAGUAUUGACACAUGUUGCUGAACUUUACUGUGAAGGUAACAAACAAGCUCUUACUCUCCUAAAGCUUAACCUAGCUGCCUCCCUCUGUCUCCCCCCUGUGGGGGUGAUGUUCUGAAACAUGCCUUUGCUGUACUGUAGGAGCCUCUCUCUAGAGGGUCAUCCUGGUUGUGUGUGAAAAGAAAACCCAAAGGAUUUCCAUAGAAUUAUCUGAUGUUUGAGAAGGAGGUACGACUACUAUAAGAAAAAGGAGGCCUAAUGCGGCCUAUUUUUGACCAGGUCGGCUACAAACAGGCAGAUGUGAGCAAGUGCUGUACAGGAUAGUAUGUAGUUUACUGCCUGUUGUAAAAAAAAUUACCAACUGCUAAUGGACAAAAUGUAUGCCUAUAUAAACUGAAUACAUUUUAUUCAAGUCUCUGAGGAGAGGGUAUUUAAGUAAUGUAAAAAGUCAUAUUAAUCUAUUAGUUUAUGAAAACCCUCUAUGCUGUCUGCGUUGCUGUGGCAGCACGGUAGGUCAGGUAGGCUGGACAAUAAAAGAGGUCUGCUGGUUCUGAUGUACAUUUGCAUUUCAGGUUUGUGAAACCAGUGUUGCUUUGUGAACAUGGGAAGGAGGCGAUGUUCUCAUGAGCUGCUCUCCCACAUCGUUUGUGUGCUAUUGCUACUGAAUGUGCACCAGCCCUCCUUCAACGUAGACAAUAUACACACAUACACUGGGGGAGGGGUGGCGGAUUAUCCUGUGUUCUGCCUUUUUUUAUAGUUUUCUUUAAUGAAAGACAAACAGGAUUCUACUGUUUUGUUUGUUUGUUCUUUUACCCAUAACCAAAUAUUUAGCUUUGUAAAAAUGAAAUGGGGAAAAAAAAUGUAAAUAGACUGAAGUUAUCUUGGAUGGCAGUUUAUAUUAAUUGCUGAUUCAUUUCACCUUAUAAUUUUAGUUUUUGGUUUGCACUACUCUUCCAGGAAAAAAAAAAAAAGGUUCUAAAAUGAGCAAACUAGGUGAUGUCUGUUGGAUAUCCAGUUUGUUGUGUUAUUAUUUUUUAUGGGUUUUGGAAAUGACCAGUAGUCUAUUCACCUUUGUCUUGUACUCUGAUGGAUUCAGUUUCUUCUACUCAUGGUGAAACACGUUUUCUUGUGUGAGUAAAACCGCCAUUUUACUUGGAUAGAACUGAAAAACACAGCAGAGGUGACAUUGGACACAUACUGGGUUGUUGAAUUGCUUGCAGAUUUUGGUUCAGUUCUUUUGAAGGUUGCUGCUAACAAGGACGCUCUCCUUUCUAAUACCUCCGCCUACGGGGGAGUGGAUGGGGUCAUAAAAAGGACAUCCAUACAAAGAGUUGUUGCGAUAAAAUGUGUGCUGUACAUUUACUUGAUAUUUAUUACAGGUAUUUAUGGUUGCAUUAACUUAACUUUUACUGUCUUACCUCUGCACAUCAGAAACAACAUAUCUAAAAUGGAUUACACAGAUGUAAAGAAUCCAAUGGCAUUUGAGAUUUCUGUGUCACAAUAAAGAAAUGUCUUCAUGUA